CACGAGCAUACAGACAGGACGAGUGUUAGCGCAACAGGGUCCGGGAACAGGGUUUUAAUAAAUAAUUGUUUCCCCCCUUUAAUAAGGAGGUCGGGAUGAACGUUGGCGUAGCCCACAGUGAGGGGAACCCCAACACUCGAGUUAUGAACAGUCGGGGGAUCUGGCUGACGUACGCACUCGGCGUGGGAAUGCUUCACAUCGUGCUCUUAAGCAUUCCUUUCUUCAGCGUGCCGGUCGUGUGGACCCUCACGAAUGUUAUUCACAACUUGGGAAUGUACGUGUUCAUGCAUGCGGUAAAAGGGACGCCGUUCGAGACUCCAGACCAGGGCAAAGCCCGACUCCUCACACACUGGGAACAGCUGGACUAUGGCGUGCAGUUCACAUCAUCCAGGAAGUUCUUCACAAUUUCGCCCAUCAUUUUAUAUUUCCUGACGAGCUUCUACACGAAAUAUGACAUGGCUCAUUUUGUGAUAAACACAGCAUCCUUGCUGAGCGUCCUCAUCCCCAAACUGCCACAGCUCCACGGAGUGCGACUCUUCGGAAUCAACAAGUAUUAAUCGUUCAGAGCGAACGACGCCGAGAACAUUCUCUCUCUCUCUCUCUCUCUCUCUCUCUCUCUCCCUCUCCCUCUCUCUCUCUCUCUCUCUCUCUCUCUCUCUCUGCGGUUUUGUACAGAGUGUAAUUUAGUGUCUGUCUUUGCCUAGAUGCACUUCGGGUUAUUCCGGGGCAUAUGUGACGACGCCUCAAGCAUUAACUUAAAGAAGUAAAUAUUUAAUUUUCUUUCUUUUGGCUCCCUCAUGGAUCUGGGCUGGCCCGGGUUUCACAGUCGAGAUGAGGUAUUUACUUUUGUUUUGUUUUUGUGUUCCUUGCUUUCGGUUUUGUUUGUAGGUGCGCACUAAUUCGAGGCUUCUGUUUGACAUUUCUAAAGGUUUUUUUGUUUGUUUGUUUUGUUUUGUUUUGUUUUUUUAACAAAAAAAAAACCCUGAUUCUUUAUAAGAGUCGGACCCUGUAGUCUUUUCAGUACUAGUAGUCUUUGCAUGAAAAAGAAAGAGAGGUUUGUUAGAGAGAGAGUAUUUUGAUAGAUCCUCCAUCAGGAUUAUGCAAGACACACACAAAAAAAAAACCACCAACCAUGGAUUAACAAGAUUUUAGUGUUUACUGAUCCGAGUCUGAUGAUGUUUAUGUUGAUGUUGAUGUAUUCAUUCCAGUCAGUGUGCUCGUUUAUUAGGACGUAACUGUGAAAUCUCUUAAUGAGCAGAGCAGGUUUUAUUUUCUUCAGCAUCUCUGUUUAUUCAUGGUAUUACUGGAGCUCAAACAAACCCUGUGUGUAAUAAAGGCUUAUUUGUGCUCUGUG